AUGAGUCGGUAUAGCAGUGGCUCCACGAACACGGGAAGCAACCAUUCCCAGAUAACAGAACUAUUUGUUAAGAAAAUACUCGCCCACCUCGAUGAUACAGAUCCACAAAAGUUAAAUCAGUUCCUCACACUUUUCAACCCAAACAAUGGCAAGAUAGUUUUCAACGCUGCACCUUUCGCAAACCUCUCACUAUUCUUACAAACAUGGCAAACUCAAGUGGUACAGACACAACACGCAUUGACUGCCAUCGACUAUCACGUGAUACCAGGCUCCCAAACUCUAAUAUGCAAUGUCAACUGCAAAGUACGUUUCGAUGAGAGUGGGAGAGACAAGAUGGGACUAGAUGCCACUGUACAACAAAAUCAGCAGCAACAAAAUAGAAAUAGACCCGCCAGUAGACCACUUUGGGGCACUUAUUUCGGAGUCUCCUUACAACUAGUCAUUGACGAACGAAUCUUUGCCAACGAUAUGAACGGAGUAGUAUCAGCAUUCAACUACAACAUGGUCUACAAACCGGACGACUCACUUAUGAGAAUACUAUAG